UUAUCUUAAGUGAAAAGUAGUGAAAGUUCCAGUGAUGUGAAGUCAAAUAAUGGGGUAUACAGUAAACUGAGUCAACAUCAAUAAAAAAGAAAGUAAAAGUAAAACUAUGAUAAGAAAGGUGAAAGUAGCAAGAACAGUAUAAAUGAGCUCUGUCUGCCCCCACUGCAGUCAGACAGUCCAGAGCCACACAGGAGAAGGUAAUGACUUUCAGAAUAACUUUGACAUUAUUCUUUGAAUUUCAAUGAAGUUACAUUUUCUUUCUAGUCUUUCUAUUCCUUUUUAUACAUUUGUAAUUUUUUUCCAUAACAAUGUAAUUGAUUAUUGUUAUUCAGUUACAAUUGGUGGUGCUACCUAAAAAUGUUUCAUUUUUCAACAGCAACAGAGGUGUGCAAAAUACAAGAAACACAAGAACAAGGCAAAAUAUAAGAAUAGGAAUAUGAGAAUUAUAAGAAUAAAUAUAUGCGCAUUACUGAAUAUGUAUACCAAAUAUUCUGUCGUAUUCGGGUCAAAUAUGACCAAUUUACAAAUUAAAAAAUUCAUAAAUAUUGUGUUUUACAUCUAAUUGCCUCAAGGCCUUAUGACAUGCUCCACACUAUGCACUUGAACAUAUAACAGUGAUGAGCACCUCUGUCGUAUUUGUAAUUUUUUCACAACAGUGUAAUUUAUUAUUGUUAUUUAGUCAUAUUUGGUGGUGCUACCUAAAAUUGCUUCCUUUCUUUCUCUCUCAACCUUUUAUUUCUAUUUUCUAUUUUCCAGUGAAAUUUUAAAGACAAAAGAAAACAAUAUUAGACUUUCUUUGUAGCAAUGGGAGGACAAAAGUCUCGACCUGUAAACACUCCGACUUUAAGUGAAGAAUGGAGGAAAAUACAGUGGAAUGGCAAAACCAAUGAUCUCCCAAGCAUAAAUAAUUACCAGCCUCAUAACUCUGAGCUCCAGCACCUCAGAAUUCUUCUUCAUGGACCCGUUGGUGCCGGCAAGUCCAGCUUCAUCAACUCAGUUGAUGCUCUUUUACAAGGCAGAAUGGCCACAAAUGCUUUGGCAGAUGGAAUUUCUGGAAAGAGCUUCACUAAAAAAUAUGAAACUUUCAAAAUCCACAACAGAAGCCUAGGAACUUUUUAUCCUUUUGCCUUCACCGACAUCAUGGGCCUUGAGAAGGACACAGGAGUUAUGGUGGAAGACAUCAUACUGGCCAUGAAUGGGCACGUGAAGGAUGGUUACACGUUCAAUCCUCAAUCUUCAUUAUCCGAACACGAUCAUAAGUACAACAAGGAGCCCACUCUAAAUGACAAAGUUCAUGUUUUAGUGUCUGUGAUCGAUGCCAACAAAAUAAAACUUAUGAGUGAUGAUAUAAUAAAACAGAUGAGGACUGUCAGACUUGCAGCCAGUGACAUGGGAAUUCCCCAAAUGGCAAUUCUCACCAAAAUUGAUGAAGCCUGUCCAGAAGUCAAAAAAAAUAUACGAAAUGUGUAUAAGAGCACCUCGUUGAAGGAACAGAUGGAGAUAGUGAGUGUAAAAUCAGGUAUUCCACUGUACUGCAUCUUUCCUGUGAAGAACUAUCACUCUGAGAUCCAAACAGAUGAUGACAUCGACACACUGAUACUGGCUGCUCUGAAGCAGAUGAUCAACUUUGGAGAGGACUACGUCAACAAA